AUGGUGAAUCUAUUCUCCUCCCUUCUAGCUUCCGGCCUUGCAGCCGAGCUUGCAUGGGCAGGGUCGGUGCCCUACCACCCAAGCGGUUGGUCUGCCGCAACAUAUUGCCCCGCCACGCUCGGAAUGAAAAAGUGGCACUGUGAUGACAAGUUCUGCGGUGGAGAGAACCCCGACGAUAAGGGCCAUUGCAAGCUGGUCAUUCUGCAACGACUCCCCACGGGCUAUAACGGCCAGGAAUUACAGCAGCCUAUGGGAUGGGAAUACACAAAAGCUUGCGAGUGCACCACCGGUGAUAAGGAUGGUCACGAUGGUGUCUCGCCCAUCGUAGGGCUGAUACCCUGGAUCCCCCCCAUCGGCUUUCUAUUUCCGCCCGCUGGCGUCCCUCACCCCAAGAAGGCGGACACAUGUCCUGAGGACUAUGCCAAGGUCAAAUGCAAGGACUGUAAAGCGUUGAAGAACUGGUGUACAGCAGGUGAUCAUGCAGGCUGUCCGUGUACUGACGAUUGUCCUGCUGACGGGGAUGACAACAUGCCUGAUUGUGACGAUGACGCCUGUCAGGGUGUCGACGAGAAAUGUGCGGUGGGUCUCCACAAGGACUGCAAAUGCAAGGAUAGCAAGCCCGGCUGUCCGAAUUUGGAAGAGAAAUACCUGAACUGCGGGGCCGACUACUGUAAGGGAGAGAAGAAGGAUGGGGAUGAUGAGACCAAAUGCACGGCUGAAGGGGAAUUUAACGAAUGCGAGUGCAACCCCCGAGACAGGGGUAUCCAUUUUGCUGGAGGGGAAGAGACUGAAGCUACAUUGGGUGAUCUGAACAGCCUUCGGCAGAAAAUACUUAGGUUUGCCGAGGAGGCUGACAGCGAAAUCAUUGGCACCACUUGCGGGGGCGACCCGACUGAAACAGUCGACAUUGAUACCGGCUUCAUGGAGAAGAUGGUAGACAAAUUCUGCGGCGGUGAAGAUGACGAUGCCCGACUUUUUAACUCGAUGAUUAACUCAAAUGAGUACGGGGAAUACAACUUCCACUUCACUAGGAAGGUGGGCAAGGGGUGCAAGACAUCCUGCAAGGAUGCUGUUAUGGACUUGAUCAAAAAAUGCGAGCCAAACAGUCACUCUAUCCGUUCCAGUGCCGAAGGUACAAUUGACAAGUGUGGUGCUUCUUAUUCGUACAGUAUCACCGCGGGCGAAGGGUGCUCUGACGAUGCCACUGGACUCCCAGGGACGCUAUUCCGAGACACUCUCACCGACGACUUCUGUGGGGCUGUGGACGAGAAGAACAAGCUAGUAUGGGCUGUCGAUAGCUCGGGGAAGAAGAGCAAUUUCAUCAAGCGCGAUGUCCCGCACUUCCUUGAAAAACGUACCCCUCCAGUCAACUCCAAGUCCUACACCAAGUUCAAGACCACACUGAUGUUUGCGCCAACCGGUGCCGGAACCUGCACCAAGAGCUGCAAGGAUGCGUUCUACAAAAUCUCCCAAGGAAAAUGUGGAACUAUGGGCAAUGAACAAAAUAUGAUGGCCACGAAUGGCGCUUUGGACGUGGGCUGUGGCACCUACUCUUACGAAGUACGUUGGACGGGCCAGAAAGAGAUCCAGAAACAACACUGUCACGGCAAAGACGAGUUCCCGGGCCACACGGACACGCAGACAAGCGAGGGUGUCUGGAAAGACCUACUUUGGAAGGCCUGCGGAGCAUCAAAAAGAGAGGAAUUGAAGGUCAUCAAGGGCAAGAAGACAGAUGUCGACUAUGUCGCGACAAAAGAAUCUGGCAACUUCAAUGACCCGCAUGACUACAAGUUCUCAGUGUAUUGGGUGGACGGUUGUGAACUGGAUGGUGGAGACACCGAGCAGUCACACACCUAUCCAUUGGGCAAGGAUUACCGGUAUAAGGGUAAGGAGGUAACUUGUGAAUCCUUGCUUCGCGGUAACUUUUUGGAAUGUACAAAUAAUGGCGGCGCGGGUGGUUGGAUUGACGCCGGAUGUGCCCGAUACGCCUUCCGACCGACGAGGUAG